UCUCUCUCUCCCCCACCUCACACUUGCCAGUACCAGAGCUCUCCGCCUGGCAACCAGCUAGAGCAUUGUGUCUUCUUGGCGAAGAAAGUGGGAGAAAGAAGGAUAGACAGGACUGUGUGUGUGUGUGUGUGAGAGAGAGAGAGAGAGAGAGAGAGAGAGAGAGAGAGAGAGAGAGAGAGAGAGAGACAGAGACAGAGACAGAGAGAGAGAGAGACAGACAGAGAGAGACAGAGAGAGAGAGGUGAGAAUGACAUAUGGACAGGGGGCGGCAUGCUUUGAGUGUGUCUUCGUUCAAAGGAACAACUUCACGACGAAAAACAAAUGCUUACAUUUGGACGGUCUAAUUCUAACUUCAUCUCUUUGUGAAUGUUUGGGACUUAUAUGAAUAUAUCUCAUUAUUAGUUUUUAAAAUGAUUCAUAGAAUAUGAGAAGAGUUUGAGCGGUUUUAGACAGUUUUGACCUUAGAGAUUGACAUACACACAGUGACAGGCUGCCGGAGGAAGAGGAGGAGGGCGUUAAACACUGAGGAGAUACAACAUGUGCGUUUACAGAUCACUUGAACGGAUUUUGCAUGACAGACAGAUCAGCCACACUGGAUAUCAUAAUGUAUCUACUCUUUGAUAUAAAUCCAAUCUUCAGGGGUCUGGGAAGCUUUGAAUGCUUAAAAGGAUUUUGACUCACAUCCUCAAAAUACACACAGACAGACAGAUAGACAGACCGACUCCUAAAGAGCAGCCACUAGAGACGUUUUCAAAACCUAGAAUCUGCUGCUCAGGAUGUACUGUGGGAGAAAUCCACUCCAGAUCAGACCGCAACAACCACCCUGGCUCCACGCUGCACCCAGAGACGAUACCACAGGAGGGCUACUCCAUUAAAGACUGCAAGGACUGAAACAUUUGUUUCAUUGGCACCCUCUGUAAUGUUGAAGUGAGGGAAUGAAUACAUGCUCACGUUUACUCACACUCACAGCCAGCAGAGGCGGGAACGAUGGGUAAUAAGGCUGGAGCAGAAGACAGCUAUAGCUCAAUCCGAGGCAAAUAAAAUCUGAAAUGACAGAUAGAAGACUCACAUACUGACCCUGGCAAAGAUAAGAACAAGUGGUGAGUUGCAGGUUGGCCAGAGGAAAAUACACAUUUCUAGUGAGGUAGAGCAACAAGAUAUUGCAUAAUUUGCAAGAAAGCAGAACACAUGGAGAGGAAAUAAAGACGUGUAAGUAAAAGACACAUACACUUGGUUAGGACAGAUUUAAAGGGCUCUGUAGGACAAGCUGCAGGUGGUACACAUGAAUAUGUUACUUAUUCUCACACACAUAUAUAUACAUAUAUGUAUAUAUAUAGACACAGUGACACACUCUCACGGGACACACAUUGAGCAGCCAGGAGGAACAGAAUUUUGUAACUACUGAGGAUCCCCAGAGAGUCUUUCCUACCAUGAUGGAGAAGCUAAACCCCACUGGCCCACCUACCUCACCCACCAACUUAACUCACCCCUCCUCCUCCUCCUCCUCCUCCUCCUCCUCCUCCUCCUCCUCCUCCUCUUCCCCAUCCUGUGUCUCCGUAGAGCAGCACAGUCCUCUCCAAAACAGGCCUUUGGCACCCUUGUAUGCUAUCAACAGCCCGUGUCCUGCUAACAAGUCAGGGCACAAGGGACACACGAAUGUCCCCUCUGCUGGCUCGAUUCAGUCCCCCAUCGUCAAGGCAACGGUGUUAACCAGUCACAACGUAGGGACAGCUACUGCACCUGAGCCCAGUGUCAUGGAGACCAAGAAGGAGGAGGAAGAGGAGGAGGUGAAGCAAGGAGGACCAACGUGCACCACAGCCCCUUCUGCUUCUACCAAGGGGUCCCCAACUCUUUCCUCUCCACCUCCGCUCCUCCCGGCACCAGCCAAGACCUCCUUGUGCACUUUACCACCUCCAACCACCACCAGAUCCUUCCCUUUGUCUUCAUCAUCCUCUCCUCUUCCUCCACACAUUCCAGUCAUCAGCCUCGGUCACAGCAAACCCCCUCUCCCGCUCCCUAAUACUCCUUUGACUGCCCUCCACCCAAUUCCCAGUCUCCUACAUGGGCCCCACGGGGACCUUCGCCGCAGUCAGCUGUCCUGUUUGCCUGUGGCCAGUCCUGGAGCUUCUGGGGGCCAUUCAGCUCCCUCCCCAGGACCCUUGUUGCCUCAGCAGUACCUGUCUGCACACCCCUUCUUCACUAGUUCUUACCUGGGGCCCUCAGGAGGAAACUACGGUGUCAUCAACAACAGCCGGAUCAAGAGAAGAACCUCGUCACACUUUGAGGCAGAGAUCAAUGAUUGCCCUGCACACUCAGACAGUGAUUAUGUGUGUCUAACAGGCCCUCCUCAGAAACUCGCUCGCCGUGUCUUCACCAACAGCCGCGAGCGCUGGCGACAGCAGAACGUAAACGGGGCUUUCUCUGAGCUGAGAAAACUCAUUCCCACACACCCACAUGACAAGAAGCUCAGCAAGAAUGAAAUCCUCCGUCUGGCUGUAAAGUACAUCAACUUCUUGGUCACACUGCUCAAUGACCAGGCACAGGACAAGAACAGGGACUCAGCUGAGGACCAGAGCAGCACCACUGGGUUGAAAAGUAAUAAACAAAACCGUAUUUUUCAGUGCAACACUCCUCCUCCGUCCCACGCAACCCCACCAUCCUCAGCACGUCCCACCACAGUCCACAGAGACUCAACUGACUCACUCAUUGCUCUGGCUAACUCCCCAGCAACAUCCAGUUGCUAUGGUGACACAGACAGUGAGGAAAGCUUUGGGGCUAAGACCUCUUUGGUGACACAUGGCAUUCUGGGAAAGGUCAAAAGUCAGAUACGGAUGGUGGCAGCCCCAAAUGAUGAGCGGUGACACCAAAAGACAGCAAACAAAGAGGUGUAAGUGUUACACUGACUACAGGACACACAAUCACUGACAGAUUCCAAAAGGGUUUGUGGAGCCAGUAUGAUUCUCUCUUCAACUCUCAAGUAGUGAAAUAGAAUUUCAGAGACUUUCUAUAGUUUUGAAUAGCUCUGUUUUUUGCAGUGAUGUGUAAACAUUGAGGGUAAGGCUCUGUGUUUUAGGAAAAGACUGAAGUGUGCUAUGGGGAAAGUAGUGAGGCAUGCAAACACCACAGAACAUUCAAACAGACUUGAACAUGUUUUAUAUCCAAGUAAGGUCCAAAUGUUCCGAUGUCAAACAAUGUGGAUCCACAACGACGAAUUAUGCAAAAUAGGAUGCUGAAAAUCUAAAGAGAUUGUCCAUUUGGAUUAAUAAUAAAAAUCUGAUAAUCUCUUUUUAGUCAACUAUUCAGGAUUUUGAAUUGGCUUUGCCUCUGUAGACUCAUAUAAUAGUGAAUCUCUCACAAGAGCGUUAAAAAAAAUAUGUUAUGUUCCAGCCUCAGAUAUGUACAAUCUGCAUUGCCCUAGUACAAUUAUUCAAAGUAUAUAAAUACUCUAUUGUGUCUGCAAAGAAGAGCAUGUAAUGCACUCAUGAAUUAAAGUUGCCGUUUUUAAGAGAAGCAGGGCCGAUGGUCCCACCCUGACAUUGUGACACACUUGUACCGGACAGAAAUAAAGUGUGUUUUAGUUUGCUGUUCCUUA